GAGAUGCUGCCAACUGCCGUUCUGCUGGUCUUGGCAGUGUCUGUGGUCGCUAGAGAUAACACCACGUGUGAUGGCCCCUGCGGGCUACGGUUCAGGCAGAACCCGCAAGGGGGCAUGCGUAUCAUCGGUGGGCAGCCCGCAGCGCUCGGGGCCUGGCCCUGGAUGGUCAGCCUCCAGGUCCUCACGUACCACGACAAUCGGCGGUAUCACGUGUGCGGGGGCACCUUGCUCAACGCCCGCUGGCUGCUCACUGCUGCUCACUGCUUCCGGAGCAAAACCAAAGUUACCGACUGGAGGCUGAUUUUCGGAGCAAAGGAAGUCGUGUGGGGAAGCAGUAAGCCAGUGAAGCCGCCUCUGCAGGAGAGAUACGCUGAGAAAAUCAUCAUUCACGAGAAAUACUCCCCGGGCUCAGAGGCAAACGACAUCGCUCUCAUGAAGAUCACCCCUCCUGUUCCCUGUGGGUACUUCAUUGGACCAGGCUGCCUGCCCCAGUUUCGGGCAGGCCCACCCAGAACUCCCCAGACAUGCUGGGUGGCUGGCUGGGGAUUCUUAAAAGAGAACGUCCCCAGGAUAUCACCUAUACUGCAGGAGGCACGUGUGAACAUCAUCGACCUCGACUUAUGUAACUCGACCAGCUGGUACAAUGGGCGCAUUCGUUCAACCAAUGUGUGCGCAGGGUAUCCUGAAGGCAAGAUUGACACCUGCCAGGGGGACAGCGGCGGGCCUCUCAUGUGCAGAGAGAGCGUGGAAAACAGCUACGUGGUCGUGGGAAUCACAAGCUGGGGGGUAGGCUGUGCCCGAGCUAAGCGCCCCGGAGUCUACACGUCUACCUGGUCCUAUCUGAACUGGAUUGCUUCCAAGAUUGGUUCUAAUGCUUUGCACAUGAUUCAGUUGCCCACCCCUCCCCCUCCUUCUACUCCAGCCCCCCCCACUAAACCCGCCUCCACUCAGCCUUCUAUUCGCCCACCUUGGUACUUCAAACACCCUCCUCGACCACCUCCCUCCCAGAGCCCCACUGCAGUGGCCCGACCCCAACCCGCAGCUCCACCGCCCCCCCCUCCCCCACCGCCACCUUCCACUAAACCUCCCCAAGCACUUUCUUUUGCCAAGCGACUACAGCAGCUCAUAGAGGCCUUGAAGGGGCAGGCCUUUUUUGACAGAAAGUGCACGUAUGAAAUGGAGACCACAGACAUCCCAGAGCAGCCUGCCUCCUUCUGA